CCGCCGAAAAACCCCAAGAAGAAGAAGAAGAAGAAGAAGAAGAGCGGAAGUUGACUGACGUCAUUUUGAAAAGGGCACAUCGUUUCCAGGGAAACCAGAGUUCCUACCAACCUCCCAUGUUUGCUUUUCCUAGUUGUGGUGCAUAUUAAGGAUUCUUUGUAAUGGCAAGCCACUGGACCCCUUCUUCUGUUGGUCGGCCAGCGAGCCGUGGAGGUUCUCAGAUAUCGAGUGCCUUGAGACCCCUCUCUGCCAUCAGGCCUCCUCCAACAUCUAGCAGAGCUGCCACUGGGAUGGUUCCCAGUACAGCGAGCCGUCCUGGCACAAGGGGAAGCCGGCCGGUUGCCAUCCCUGGAGUGCUGUCAGCCCACAUACAAGUGACUGAAAGACCUGUAACCCAGCAGGGUCUCAGUGGGAUGACCACAGGCAUCAAAGGACCACAGAGACAGAUCUUGGAUAAGUCCUACUACCUUGGACAACUAAGGAGUAAAAUCAAUGAGUUGACAACAGAGACCAGCAAAUUGCACAAAGAAAUUGACAACUUUAACCAGGAGAACUCUGUCUACCUGUCCUAUGAGAAAAGAGCUGAAGGACUUGCUGGAGAGAUCAGGGAUUUACAAGGCCAGCUCGCUGACUAUAACAUGCUCGUUGACAAGCUUAACACCAACACUGACAUGGAAGAAGUGAUAAAUGACCACAACAUUCUUAAAGUGAGAAAUGACCGAGAAGCUGAGAGUAUGGAUGUAAUAUUCACUGAGAGACGAGAGAGGGAGGAGGCAAUCGGUGUAACAGGGGAAGCGAUCCAGAAAGAAAGACAUAUUGCUAAUGAGGUUAUUAAGGCCCUUCCACCUGCCGAGCAUGACAAAUAUGCUGCCAUGAUGCUGACAAACGAAGAACUGCUUCAGGAGCAAUCCGUUUGUCAGGAGGAGCUGGAAGCCAUGCUGACAAGAAAGGUGACUUUAGACGCGGAGCUGUUCCACUCACCCAUGAAACAAGAGGCAAUUUGCAUCCAAGAGAAGCUCUUGAUGCUAGAAGCAAGACGUGACUCCAUGGUGGCUGAGAACAAGAGCUUUGACUCACCCCAGGAAGAGAGGGAGAGACUAUUUAAACAGGUAAAGGAAGACAACCAAGAAAUUGCCAGCAUGGAUAGACAGUUGGGGGAAAUGAGUGAAAGAGGAGAGCAGAUUACAGAGGAGAUCAGUCAACUAGAACACCACACAGACGAGGCCCAAGUGGAAUGUGGUCAGAAGUACAAGGAGCUGAAGAAGAGGGAGGAGGAAAUAGACCGGUUCCUGGAGUUGUUUGAAGAGACAAGGAUCCAGGAAACGUCAAAGAGCACACAGCAGCAAAGUAAUAUUGUGAUCCUCCUUGAACAUUCCAGCAAGAACCUUUCAAGCCUACAUCAGAUAGCAAGGGUGACGGUGGGUCAAUUGAAGAGCAUGCACGAGGUGCUGUCCCACAAGGAGAAGGAGGUCGUCCAAUCCCAGACGACUGCCAGGGGACUAACAACUGAGUCCCACAGGCUUCAGCAGGACCUGGAGAAGGUCCAACAGCUAGAGGGCAAGAUAACCGGGGAACUGGGCACCCUCAAGGAGAAGAUCGUCUCAAUGAAGGCUGAACUAGUCACCUUCGGUGACCUGGACACCCUGAAAAAUACAGCCGAGAGCAGGAAGAAGACACUGCAAGACGACAGUAUCUCAAUGACUCAACAACGUGAUUAUUUGAGACAGCUUUUACAAUUAAACAAGAACUAUGAAGUAUUGAAAAUGAAACUCAAAGAGAACGAGACAAAUGCUCAAUUGGCAAACAUGGAAAGAAAGUUGCAGCACUUGGAGCAGAACAACUUCGUCAUGAAGGACUUCAUUGCGUCGAAAGCCCAGGAGAGCAACUAUGGCUUAGUGACCAAGACUGUCAUUGGGCAGCUGAACGAGUACAACCGAGGCCUCACAGAUGUACAGCAGAACAACAGGAGUUGAAGAUCCACAAACUAACCUUGUGUAGCUCUCUAAUGUGUAAAAUAAAAUAAAAAACGCUUUUCAAAAUAAAUGUUUAUAUAUUAACACAUUUAAUAUUCAGCAAACAAAAUUUGCCAUAAAUUAUGAAAGUAGUCAAUAAACAAUAUAAAUCGUA